CGCCGCUUUCAGCCAGCUCCGAGGCGGGGACGCCGCGACGGAAACUUGAGGCCCGGUGGGGGUGUGACAAGCCAACAUGACCCUCUUACCAGGAGACAAUUCCGAUUAUGACUACAGCGCCCUGAGCUGUACUUCAGAUGCCACACUGCACCCGGCCUUCCUGACCUCCAGACAGCCUCUCAAGGGCGUUUUCUACCGCAGGGCACAGCGGCUUCAGCCACAGGACAAGCCUACCCCAGGAGGACAGCCCCAGGAUCACCGCCGGCCCAUCAUCAUCAACGUGGGUGGCAUUAGGUACUCACUGCCCUGGACCACUCUUGAGCAGUUUCCGCUGACACGUCUGGGCCAGCUCGGGGCUUGCACCAAUUUCGACGACAUUCUGGCAGUGUGUGACGACUAUGAUGUCACCUGCAACGAGUUCUUCUUCGACCGGCACCCCGGGGCCUUCGGCACCAUCCUGACCUUCCUGCGGGCUGGCAAGCUGCGGCUGCUACGAGAGAUGUGCGCUCUGUCCUUCCAGGAAGAGCUGUUGUACUGGGGCAUCGCUGAGGACCACCUGGAUGGCUGCUGCAAGCGCCAUUACCUGCAGAAGAUGGAGGAGUUCUCCGAGAUGAUGCAGCGCGACGAUGAGGAGGACGAUGAUGAGCUGGACAUGGACGAAGACCUGCUGGACAGUGAUGGGUCCCCCGCGGACGAAGGCCGCCUGGGCCGCUGCAUGCGCACCUUGCGCGACAUGGUGGAGCGGCCGCACUCGGGGCUCCCGGGCAAGGUGUUUGCCUGCCUGUCAGUGCUCUUUGUCACCGUCACUGCCGUCAACCUGUCCGUCAGCACCUUGCCCAGUCUGAGGGAAGAGGAGGAACAGGGCCGCUGCUCGCAGAUGUGCCACAACAUCUUCAUCGUGGAGUCGGUGUGCGUGGGCUGGUUCUCCUUGGAGUUCCUGCUGCGGCUCAUCCAGGCGCCCAGCAAGCUGACCUUCCUGCGCAGCCCGCUGUCGCUCAUCGACCUGGUGGCCAUCCUGCCCUACUACGGCACGCUGCUGGUGGACGGCGCGGCCGCGGGGCGCCGCAAGCCGGGGGCCGCCAACAACUACCUGGACAAGGUGGGGCUGGUGCUGCGGGUGCUGCGGGCGCUGCGCAUCCUCUACGUGAUGCGCCUGGCGCGCCACUCGCUCGGGCUGCAGACACUCGGCCUGACGGCGCGCCGCUGCACGCGGGAGUUCGGGCUGCUGCUGCUCUUCCUGUGCGUGGCCAUCGCCCUCUUCGCCCCGCUCCUGUACGUCAUCGAGAACGAGAUGGCCGAGAGCCCCGAGUUCACCAGCAUCCCGGCCUGCUACUGGUGGGCGGUGAUCACCAUGACCACGGUGGGCUACGGCGACAUGGUGCCGCGCAGCACGCCCGGCCAGGUGGUGGCUCUGAGCAGCAUCCUCAGCGGCAUCCUGCUCAUGGCCUUCCCCGUCACCUCCAUCUUCCACACCUUUUCCCGCUCCUACCUGGAGCUCAAGCAGGAGCAGGCGCGGCUCGUGUUCCGCAGGACCCAAUUCCUGCUCAAGACCAAGUCGCAGCUCAGCCUGUCCCGGGACAGCGAGCUGCUGUUCGGCAGCGUCUCCUCCGACGCCAGAGACCACAGCUGA